AAUAGCAAAGUUGAAAAACUGCUUGCCUUUAAUUGAAGUAGAUAUGCCUAGCAAACGCUAGUAUUUUAUAGGGUUGAGAAUACGUUGUUAAUUUGUCAACCGCUUGAGACGGCCAUGGUGCUGUGAUGAACAAACAAUUGCAUAAAUUUAUGAAGAUUAAUGUCAAUAUUUCAAUGUUUUCGGCUUCCUGUACGUGGCACAGCCUGAGCAAGAAUCGAAAUACGUAUCUCGAAUAGUCAAAUGUAUUUCAUUAGUCCAACCUUAUAUUAGCCGAGCAUAUGAUAGCGGUGAAAAAUCGGUUGUGUUAAUGGGCUUAAAUGAAUUAUCGACCUGGACAAAUUUACAUUUACUUUGUGAAUCGACAACCCCCGGGGGCCCUAUCAUACGUAUUUAAAUCUCGAAUGUGUUUAUUGGAUCCACAGUAACGUCUAUAAGCGGCGGUGAGUGGAAUGCCCCUGAUAUUUAAGUUGGAAAAUCACAAGGCACCACAAGAUGUUUUCCUGCCUUAUCUUGAUAUUUUUUAUGUUGUUCAGUCUGUUCCUGUGUGUUUGUUAUCUCAAGUUUAACUGAAAUAACAGACAUGACAGGUUUAAGACUAUCAGACUUUUCAAGUGCUUUACAAACCAACAGUGUCGUAGAGUGUGCGAUAGAAUGCGCCAACAAUGUGUCCUGUGAGUCGCUGUCGUAUCACAGUACCAAAGGGUUGUGUCUUCUCCAUUCCUUCCUCUUCAACGUGACUACAACAGAAGAUGAUUGGAAGUCAUACCAAUAUUGUCGAGGAAACUGUCCAACUGAGUGUGGCUACGUACACAACGAGACGCUUGACUGGUGUUAUCGCCUGGUAGUUGAAAAGAGGAAUGCAUCGCAAGCGGCAGAAUUUUGCAGACUUGACGGAGCUCGUCAGAUCAAGAUAAACUCACUGGAUAGACAACUGCACAUAAUGGAUUUGUUAUUUUCCCAAGGAGUUAGGUCCGUUUGGAUUGGGGGUCAGUCCGCGGAAGAAGAUAACAAUUUCGUCUAUGAAGACGGUUCACCUUUGUCGUAUUUUCAUUGGAAGUCAAAUAGCCCAAAGAACCGACGAUAUAUAAAGAUACGUUCUGAUGAUAAUUACGAAUGGGAAAAUAAAUAUGGAGCUUCUAUUCGUGCUUUUAUGUGUGAACGUUAAUGUUCUGGGCCCAGUUGUUCAAAUGGUGAUUAAGCUAAUCACAGCUUAACGACAGUCUUAAAAUCACACUUAAAUAUUUUCUGGUAAAACUAACUUUCAGGAAACUAUAACAAUCGCCAGUAUCUUCCUUUCCAUCCUUAUUUAAGGAAUACACACACUUACGUUUUGCAGUAAAGGAGAAAAUGAGAUUUUAACAAUCUAGUGAUUAAGGUAAUCCCCUUUUGAACAACUGAGCUCAGAGAGUUUCUAACUGUAAGUAAAAAUAAAUGCUACCAUUUGUUUGACAGAAAAUAGAAAAUUUGAUCGUGAGCGAAAAUGUAAAUGUCAAAAUAAAACGCCGAAGAUUAAAAAAAAAAAAAA